CAUUUCGAAGUCCUUUUACCGGGGUUAACACUCCCGCACAAACAACAGAAGCGUUUUUCUUUUUCAUUGUAAAAGAUAAAUUAUUUUUCCUUAAUCCAAACAGAAAUUAUUUUUCCUUAAUCCAAACAGAAUUUUUUUUCCUUUCUAUAUCUUAACAGUAGCUGCAAGAUCUAGUGAUCCUGCUGAAUCUGAUCGAGACGUUGUUAUUUUUUUAAUAAAAAAUUAUUUAUUUAUUUAUUUUUAGAUUUGGAAGAAGAGGGAAUGGGGGACAAGGAGGAUCAAGAAGAGUGGAGCGGAAGUGAGAGCGGGGAUUACACGUCGGAAGAUGAAGGGAUGGAUGAUUACAGGCGAGGCGGUUAUCACGCCGUUAGAAUCGGAGACACUUUCAAGAACGGACGUUACGUUAUCCAAAGCAAGCUCGGUUGGGGCCAUUUCUCCACCGUCUGGCUGGCUUGGGACACUCAGCUCUCUCGUUAUGUAGCUCUGAAAGUACAAAAAAGUGCACAGCACUACACUGAGGCGGCAAUGGAUGAGAUAACAAUCUUGCAACAGAUUGCAGAUGGGGAUAAAGAGGAUAAAAAAUGUGUAGUGAAGCUUUUGGAUCAUUUUAAGCAUUCAGGUCCGAAUGGACAGCAUGUUUGUAUGGUGUUUGAGUACUUGGGGGAUAAUCUUUUGACGCUCAUCAAGUACUCUGAUUAUAGUGGCAUCCCUAUUCAUAUGGUUAAGGAGAUAUGUUUCCAUGUUCUAGUGGGUUUGGAUUACUUGCAUAGAGAGCUUUCCAUUAUACACACUGAUCUAAAACCAGAAAAUAUUUUACUGUUGUUAAUGAUAGAUCCUUCUAAGGACCCGAGAAAGUCGGGCACUCCUCUCAUCCUUCCUAAUAGUAAGGACAAGAUGGUGCUGGACUCUUUAAAGUCUAUGAAUGGAGAUUUGAGUAGAAAUCAGAAGAAAAAGAUUCGGAGAAAGGCUAAACGAGCGGCUCAGGGGUGUGUGGAGAAGGAAGCUUCUGCAGAAGCUGAUGCGGAUCCUGAAACAUCUGGUGCAGCUGAGUCAUCUCCCAGUGAAAAAGCAAAUGUGGGUCAUGUUGAAGAACGUCCCACUAAUUCUGGCAAUUUUGCGAAUAGAUUAUCUGAUGGUGCUGGUACGAAGGAUACUGGUCAAGCAAGUCAAGGUAAUAAGAGAGGAAGCCGCUCCUCAAGGCGGAAACUGUUGGCAUCAGUUGACUUAAAGUGCAAAUUAGUUGAUUUUGGGAAUGCAUGUUGGACAUAUAAACAGUUUACGAAUGAUAUUCAGACAAGACAGUAUAGGUGUCCUGAGGUGAUCCUGGGAUCUAAGUAUUCUACUUCAGCUGACCUUUGGUCAUUUGCUUGCAUUUGUUUUGAGCUUGCAACUGGAGAUGUACUCUUUGAUCCUCAUAGCGGUGAUAACUUUGACAGAGAUGAGGACCACUUAGCUUUGAUGAUGGAGCUUCUAGGAAUGAUGCCACGCAAGAUUGCCUUGGGUGGACGAUAUUCACGGGACUUCUUUAACCGAUAUGGUGAUUUGAGGCACAUUCGUCGGUUGCGUUUCUGGUCCUUGAAUAAGGUCCUUGUUGAGAAGUAUGAAUUCAGUGAGCAAGAUGCAAAUGACAUGGCGGAGUUCCUGGUUCCAAUCCUUGAUUUUGUACCUGAAAAGCGUCCCAGUGCUGCACAGUGCGUUCUUCAUCCAUGGAUCAAUGCAGGCCCCCGACUUUUAGAGCCAUCAGCAUCUCCAUCACAAAUCCAAGUUGCGGAUACUGACAUUUCUGAGAAAAAGAAGAGAGAGAUGGAUGAUAGAGAGGCAAUGGAGGUCGGAAUGGGGAAUAUUGCCAUCAGUGCAGAUUCUAAACCUGCCAAAGAUCUCCCUUCUUCUUCCAAAUGCUCCAAGGCAGCAACAAAUUAUUCUAGGUAGGACUCUCACCUACGUUUCUAGAAGCCUGCCCCUUUCUGUUUUUCUGCAUAGACUAGUUUUGUGCCCAAAAUGUAUGCAUAGGACAUGCAAUUCUUUUAAAACAUAUAUAUUUUUUUUACAAAAUAUAACUGAAAUUACAUUCAAAUAUAUUUGUUGGAAUAUCAAGAUGAAUUUGCACUCAUGUAUUGGGUAAUUUUAUAUUUAUGAACUUGAUUUGGUCUGGUCCUUGCAAUUUAUUUGUAUUUCUCUUUGGUUCUGGUGUUUGUUGCAUUGGAUUACCACUUCAAUUGAGAAAUUCCGGGGUUAAAAAUAGUUUUAUAAGGUGUCAAAAUAGUUUUGUGUAGAAAUAUGGUAAUUAGUGUUUUAUUUUAUUGUAGUUCCACACUUUUUUUUAGUCUGAAAAAAUAACUGAAAAAAAAAAACAAAAAAGCAAAUUUCUUGUUUAAUUAGUGUUUUCCAAAAAUGGCUCGAAACUUAAAGAGACACAGAAUAAUGACAAUGGCAUAAAAAUUAGGUAUUAUUUUAAUUAUGAAUUUUGCUAA